AACAUCUUCCGGUGGGAUGGGAGGGGAGGGGAUCGCUCGGGUGUCCCUAACCCUUAGUUAAUAACGGUGGCAGAAAAACGCCUUUUUCGGACUCGCCAAGCUGUUUUCCAAACUCAUCUAGAGCCAUUUUAGUAAGAUACGUGGACAUACUAAUUUUCAGGAGUGUGAAUUCCCAGCGCUCGAACCAGCGGCAUGGUGGCAUUUGAUGAGGCCACCAAGCCCCGAGGUGGCGCCGUAGAGGAGAGGGGCGAGAAUCCGAACAAGAGCUUUCGGGUGUUUAUCCGACUGUGUCCCGAAGAGCGGCGGGACCCCCCGACAGAUGAAGCAAGGGGAUUUAUAAAGGUGAAGAGACCCAAUCAGGUGGUUGUUGACACAGGAAGGGGCCACCCACCCCAGACUCUGGAGUUUAAUGCCGUUUGGGACGAGACGGCCACCCAGAAGGAGGUCUACGAAUCGGCAGCCAAGCCCCUGGUGGAGUCUCUGCUGCACGGCUGCAACGGCUGCGUUAUUACCUACAGCUCCCCGGCCAGCGGGAGGUCGUCACACAGCCUGCUGGGAGAUGGCGGCGGCGCUGGUGCCCAGCGGGGCAUCGUCAGCAGGGCCGCUCAGGACAUUUUCAGCUCCCCAGAAGCACUGAACUACAAGAUCAGAGUCUCCUUCAUCCAGGUUUCCAAUGAGAAGAUAUAUGAUCUUCUGGAGAGCCAGUCUGCGGAAGUGUGCCGCAUCCGUGAGGGAGGGGGCUCCGUGCUGCUGGAGGGGCUGACGGAGGUGGAGGUGGGGUCUCCCCAGGGGGUGCUGCAGCUGUACCGGCGUGGGGCUGGAAACCGUCAGUCAGGUGCUUCCAGGGGUGAAUUUGCUGGCAAAAGCCACAUUAUUUUUAACAUCACCGUAGCCAUGCAAAUGCCCAAGGCUGAGAGCGGUCAGGAGGGACUUUUGACUACUUGCAAGCUAACACUGGUGGACCUCGCCAGCUCAGCCAAGGUGCCCGCGCGCUGCGGUCCCAUUCCAGAUGUGAGGAGAGGUUUGCAGGUGACUCAGGAAAACGCCCAGGAAGUCAAGAUGCUCAAACGCUCCCUCACAAUAUUUGGAAACGUGAUCUUUGCCCUCAGCACUGCGGGCCGUGAGCACGUGCCGUACAGGGAGUCCAAGCUCACCAGGAUUUUGAGAGACUGUUUAGGGGGAGACUGCCGGACGUCCCUGAUCGUGACGGUGUCUCCCAACCCGUCGUGUGUCUCCGAGACGCUGAGCAGCCUGCAGUUUGCGCGCCGCGCCAUGGCUGUGCCCAGCCACCAGCUUCGCUGCUCCCCCCUGCAGGUUCACAGUACAAAGACGGCAGAGAAGCCCAAGUCCGGGCAGUGCAGACGGGCGACACAGCUGGCCGCCUUGACGGGCAAGAGGGUUCAUCCCCAGACCUGCCUGCCCCCCAUCCAGCACACGCUAGCGCCACCCUCUGGGCAUGGCUGGAAGCACUGCGACGAGCUGGAUCACAAAGUUGUGCUGCCCCAGCUAGAGGCGGGAGGAACACAGGCCAUGAGGUCGGCGAAGGCACCGAGGCCAGGAGAGGAGAGGGAAGGUGGAACCAGCCUGAGCAGACGGGCAGGCGAGGAGAAAGGGGGCGGAGCCGGUGUGAGCAGGCGGCUAGGCGAGGAGAAAGCGGGUGGGGCCAGCGUGAGCAGGCUGCCUGCCGCCGCCCCUCCCAUGUCCAUGGACUGCCCCAACUGUAACCGGGAGCGGAAGAUACGGCAGGAGUACGACAGAUACAUCGUCCAGGCCCGCGGGGACAGGGAUGCCCUAAGCCAACGUGUGCAAGAACUGGAGGCCAGUCUUCAGAGGAGGGAGAAGGCAGAACCUCCACACUCCUCAGGAGCAGCGGGAGCUUGGGGUGCAGCAGGGACCCAGACUGGGGAGACGGCAAAUGUCAGUGAGGAGUUGUUCAGCGGUGGAGGAUUCGUGCUUCUGCCGCGAGAUGACAUCGCGAGCCAGGGGGGAGCACCGGUGGGGCCAGACUGUCCUGCAGGCAGCAUGAGCAGCGGCAGCCAGGCGGAGAAGGACAGAGAGAACGAACGGCUCCCAGAGAGCCUGCAGAGGGAGCCGGAGGUGCUGCAGGACCAGUGGGGGGAAUGCAGCGGGAGGGAGGAGGAGCUGGCUCGCCAACUGCAGGAGCAGACGGACCCGGCGGUGCUGGAAUCCCAGGAUCUCCGGGUCUGGUUGGAGAGGGACCGGCUGCAGCUCCAUAGCCUGGAACACCAGAAGGAGACCCUAUCCCUGGAGCUGGAAGAUGUCAGAGUGAAGUAUGCGAGAUUCCAAGAGGAGGCUGCAUUGGUCAUGGCUGACCUGCAGAGGGAGAAGGAUGACUUAUUGUCGCAAAUAGAAGAAAGAGAAAAGAGUUACGAGAAGGUGGCGUUGGAGAAUGCGGACCUAAGGUUGAAGGUGGAUGCUCUCCUAGGUGAGGUGGGACCAGGUGGCCCCCCAGACCCCCGCGGCCCACACAGGCUGACCGCUAGCACCGAACUGGUGGUCCUCUCACACCAUGUAUCUCACUGCUACUCAAAGACCCAGUACCCAGAUUACUGCAUCCAAAGUGCAUCCGGAGUCGUCGCUGAGCCCGUGGUGAUGAGCGAUUCUGAUGGCAACCCGCUGGCCACAAAAGAGAUCUUCAGGCAGCUGGCCCAGGAAACCCCCCCCCCGGCCCUGUAUAUGCGCCCUGCUGGGAGACGGAAGCUCCAUGCAUCCAGUCCAUCUUGCCCCGCUGCCUUACUCUCUUUACCUCCCUGGGACGGACUGCAGGCUCAAUACUGCUUUGCGCUAAUGUGUUUUAAAGCGGGACUCGAUCUCUGCUUUGCGUUGCAUGUGGCAGACGCCGGGAGCACAGUCUUCUCCGGGACGUGAUGCUCAUCCUGUACCGGCGCCGCUGGUUUGUGGACGACGCCGUGCCGUAUGUCCGCAGGACCCUGAGAAAGUGUGGGGCCAAACUUGACCCCCUGGACUGAACAAGCCCCUCCCCCCAGAAUGGACAGAACCAAAAUGAGGGCAACAAAAAGAAGAGCUGAAUUGUAUGUCCAUCUUGACGGAUCCUGGGAAAUAUUUCUGAUUUACAAAGGAAUGUUUCUUUGUUAAUUAUCAAUCAGUAAUCCAAUUUUAUUGCUCCAUUAAACAAUCCCUUUGUCAUUAACAUUCAUGAUGUACAAUGUGCCAAAUAAGUUGUCUAAAAUGGACCCAUGUGCUUUUUUAAUUUA